UUUAUUUUGAAAAAGGACCGGAUACACCCGCAUGUGCGUCUGAGCUUCUCACGAGGUCACGAAAUACGUGACACAUUUCAAGAGGUCACGUUAUACAAAAAAUAAACAAGCUAGCAAAGACACGAGCUAUAACAAACUCACGAGGUACCGAACAUGAGUGAAACAAAACACACGGCUUUGGAGAGCUUCUUUGGCGAAGGAAACGGCCAAUAAAGAGACAGAAGAAGAAGAAAAGCCUCAAAUCAGCUGCUCGUUGCAGAUAAACAAGCGCAGGUCUCCCACUAAUGCGGCAUAAUGGUGGGUUGUAUUGUUGCACUUUAUGCCGGUCGUAUAAUUGUAUUACCGUACGUCAUAUUUAUUACGUCAUAUUUAUAUGGACUUGUCCGUGAAAAUAAUUUCUGACACGGAACCGGUGUUACGGUUUAACAUGCGACCCUGUUAACUGGUGACUUUUCAGCCGAAUACGUCCGUUGUUGUCGUGGUUACGACGGGUUCGAAAAAUAGGAUAGAGAACACGUAUAGCUGUCCUCGUGAAUGUCGCUUGGUUUAAUGUUGUAAUACAGUGUCAACCCCUAUACAUAAUACAAUAUAUACCAAUUAAACAAUGCGGCAUUCACGGGGGUAUAGCUACGUGUUUUCUUCCUAUUUUCAACACCUGUCUAGCCAUAUUGACCCCGCCCCCUUUCCAAAGAUAAAAAUGGCAGCAUACCCACUAGCAUUAAUAAGCUACUUGAAAAGUGGACAUAAGCUGCACAUUUAGCAACUUAAUUGUAACCAGUCAUUUACUAUCAAAUAGCUGAGCAGUUCUAAUACUCAAACUACUCUAUAACACUAAUUUUUGUGUCGUGGAAAUAUAGUGUUGGGUGAAAUUAGCACAAACAUUUAAGCUCGCAUUGACACUACGCAGUGUCUACUUUUUUGGUCACGUAGUGGAACAAUCUAUAAACACACCAUUAAUAUGCCCAUACAUGCUAUGAAUGUUAAGUUAAGUGUGUUUCGCAAACCACUGACUUCUUACACAAAUCUAGCAGACAAGCGUUGGUAUGAACUUGAAGAAGAAGUGUUUCCAGCCUCAAGGUAGUGCAAUAUUUACUCUAUUUAAUUGUUUUAUCUAUUGACUCCUGCAGAAGUGAUGUUCAUGUGUCGGAGUUAUCAAUUUAAGUUACCCCCCUUUCCUCAUUCCCAUUUUGUUAACACAAGAAUAUUGAUAAGUAGUUAACAGGUGCUGCCUCUUUUGCUCGCCGGCUAGUCCCUCCAUCGAGACCAGCACUGGCCAGCAGAAACUCAGCUUGCACAAGCAGAUGAGUUUAACCAAUAAUAAAGCUUUGUGUGCAGCUGACUUAUAGCAGCUCCUGAUACCGACACAUUAGAAAGUCAUUCGUCUUGAAAGGCUACUGCUGCAUCUCGCUUCAGGGCUCAUUCGCCCGCUGCGCUUUCAAUCCCAUUGGCUAAAUGAGCUCUGCGGCUGCAUGCAGAACUGUCAUUCUAAUAGCAAGGAAUCUCGUGGGACCACUUAAAGACACUUUUGGAGAUGCUAAUGAGUUAUCAGUGUAUCAUAAAGAAAACAAGUGAGCGUUAUGUUGGUGUCGCCUUUAGAUUAUUAGUUCUGUGGUAGAAGGUGACAGCUGUUUCGGGGAGUUUAGAGGUGCUGGCUGCUCUAGAGAGGAACAAACUGACGUAUAUCCUCCCCUUGGUGCCACUGCCCUUGUGUAAUUUGUCCAACCCUGUGUGUGUGUGUUUGUGUGUGUAAUGUGAAGUGAAGUAAAGAGAGAGAGCAGGAAGAGGUGGAGUGGCGCGAGAGAGACGGAGAAGUGACACAAAUCAAUGUGAGCACCCAAACCUCCACCAGCAGCCGCAGCAGCAGCAGCAGGAGCUUCCCCGACCCCCAUCACCUCUCCGCCUAUCCCAGAGAGAGACGGCUACAGACGGGAGGCACAGGAAAGCUGUUUCCCCCCCAGCAACGCAGCAUCCGCUCUCCGUCUCCCUGUGUCACAGGUUGCUCGUGUCUCUGAUGGGUCUCCACUCUUCAGUAGAGCCACCUCUCCCGGAGCGCUUGUAGAAACCAUGUAGAAACCUCCACGGGGACCCGAGACUCACCCAGAUACACAAGUAAACACUACAGGAACAAGAUUGGACUUCUCCUGUGGGACGGACAGGAACCAGUGUGAGGGGAACACGGCAGCCUUGGAACAUUUCUCCUUCUCCGGGUCGUCAAGUUACUGGAUGUCUUCCAAGCGACCAGCCUCUCCAUAUGGGGGGACAGAUGGAGAGGUAACCAUGGCAACCAGCAGACAGCGAAUGGACGACGAGGAUCGCGAGGGACUGGGCGGCGUCAUCCACCUCCCCCUGGUCUCCUAUUGCGGCAAGGUGUCCCCUCGCUCGCCCCCCAACCGCAACUUGGACAGCCCCCCCAACACGGAGCAGGACGGCACUAAGGGGAGCUCUCUGAGCCCUUACCCCCAGCACACCGCUACCUCACCGGGCAAAGAGGAUGGCGGCAGCGGCGGCGCCGGUGGAGGUAGCGGUGGAGGUGGAAGUGGAGGUGGAGGUGGAGGUGGAGGUGGAGGCGGCGGCGGCGGCGGCUCAGCCGCGGGGGCCCUCGGGACACCCGAGAGACGCAAGGGCAGCCUGGCGGACGUGGUGGACACACUGAAACAACGCAAGAUGGAGGAGCUCAUCAAGAACGAGCCAGAAGAGGCCUCCAGCAUUGAGAGGCUGUUGUCAAAGGACUGGAAGGAUAAACUUUUGGCCAUGGGCUCAGGGCACAUCGGAGAAAUUAAAGGUACCGCAGACAGCCUGGCGGAGAAAGAGCGCCAACUAAUGGGCAUGAUCGGCCAGCUGAGCAGCCUGAGGGAGCAGCUCCUGGCGGCCCACGAGGAGCAGAAGAAGCUGGCCGCCUCGCAGAUGGAGAAGCAGAGGCAGCAGAUGGAGCUGGCCAAGCAGCAGCAGGACCAGAUUACCCGGCAACAGCAGCAGCUUCUGCAGCAGCAACACAAAAUCAACCUCCUGCAGCAACAAAUCCAGCAGGUCCAGGGCCAACUCCCUCCGCUGAUGAUUCCCGUCUUCCCUCCAGACCAGCGGACUCUGGCGGCGGCGGCGGCGGCCCAGCAAGGCUUCCUCAUGCCCUCUGGCUUCAACUACAAGCCUGGCUGCAGUGACCCCUACCCUCUCCAGCUCAUCCCCACAACAAUGGCGGCCGCAGCCGCCGCCGCUGCUUCCACGCCAGGCCUGGGACCCCUCCAGCUCCAGCAGCUGUACGCAGCUCAGCUGGCGGCCAUGCAGGCGUCCUCCGGGCCCAAGCAGCACGGCGGCAGCCUGCCACCGCAAGUCAACCUGGGCACACACUCCCCGCCCACCAACACACACUCGCACAGCGAGAAGGGCCGCAGCUCCCCGCUGCCAAACAAGGCCAAGGACAGUGAGGGCGCACAGCCACUGAACCUGUCGUCCAAGCCUAAGGCAUCCGAGAGCAAGUCACCCAACUCCCCCCCAACUUCCCCACAGGUCGCUGCCGCCGCCGCCGCCGCCAAGCUGGGCCUCGCCGGCUCCGUGAAGCACAGCGCCGCCCCCUCCAGCAUCGGAGGGCCGCCCACCAGAGUCAGCUCCAUAGCAGACUUGUUGUCCUCUCUGUCCACGACCGCCUACCUGAGCGACCACGAGGCCGUGACCAAGGCCUUCGCCGAGGCGCGGCAGAUGAAGGAGCAGCUGAAGAGAGAGCAGCAGAUCCUGGACGCCAAGGUGGCCGCCGUCAGCAACCUGAGCCUCAACAACGGACACUCGGACAAGGACAAAGCCGCCCUGGAGAGUCUGAGUCAGCAGCUGAAGCAGCAGGCGGAGGACAAGUUCAGCCACGCCAUGCUGGACUUCACCAUGAGCGGAGACUCUGACGGCUCCCCCAGCGUGUCAGACUCCAGAAUAUUUCGGGAGGCUCGGGGUCGCGGCACCGCCGAGCCGCACAUCAAGCGGCCGAUGAACGCCUUCAUGGUCUGGGCCAAGGACGAGAGGAGGAAGAUCCUCCAGGCCUUCCCCGACAUGCACAACUCCAACAUCAGCAAGAUCCUCGGCUCCCGCUGGAAAGGCAUGACCAACCUGGAGAAGCAGCCGUACUACGAGGAGCAGGCUCGCCUCAGCAAGCAGCACCUGGAGAAAUACCCCGACUACAAGUACAAGCCGCGGCCCAAACGCACCUGCCUGGUGGACGGCAAGAAGCUGCGCAUCGGCGAGUACAAAGCCAUCAUGAGGUCCCGCAGGCAGGAAAUGAGACAAUACUUCAGUGUGGGGCAGCAGAGCCAGUUGCCCCUGUCCUCCGCAGGCGUGGUUUACCCAGGUGCCCUCUCCAUGGCCCGAAUGCCCUCACCCCAAAUGCCCUCAGAGCACUCCAGCAUGUCCAGCAGCCCCGAGCCCAACGCCAACCACCACCACCACCACCACCACCAGAACCCCCACAUGGCUGGCCUGAAGGGGGAGGAGCCGCGAAUCAAGCAGGAGGAGCUGCGGCUGGACGACAGCAACGGCGACGCGUACAACGACUUCGAAUACGAGGAAGAGGAAGCGGAGUACGCCAGCGACAACGAGAACAACAUCGCCCAAUAGGGCGGCGCCGGCAGACGCCUAAUUAGAAAAGCCAAUCACCGCUGAAUACCCCCCCGCACCCCCCCCCCCUCCCCCUUCCCGCACGCCGUCCCGCCGAACCCACCAAUCAGGAAGAAAAACCUUUUUAUUUUUUUGCCAAUCACCUUCCGUCCCGAUCUCACAACCCCGACUAACGUGGACUCUUCUAACAGAGCCAAGACCCUCCCACUGGAGUCCUGAUACCAGCAUCUGAUCAAUCAACGGAAGCACAGGACCUGUCACUCACACUGACUGUUACACCAACUGGAGUCUGGGUGGACGAGACGACCGAGCCCGCCUCCGGCGCUUGCUGAGGAAUAUUCAAAUACUACUGCGAGAUUAUUUUUUUUUGGAGUGUAAUGCCACGAAUGAGGAGAAAUCAAAAUCACACUCAAAGAGCAAAACCUUGUAGACCCCGUUUGUAGAAAUGGAGACAUUUAAAAAAAAAAAAAAGACUGAUCAGCGGACCUGUCAGAGGCUUAACAGAUGACACUUUAAGAUGGCGGACCUGUUUAUUAUCAAGAGACACUUUUUUGUUCUUUGGUUCUAUAAUAUUCUCACUCAGGUACACGGUGCCAAUAAGUGGCUUGUGAAUGUGAUUUGUUGUUUUUUGUGCUACAAGUUUGAAUAAUAGAAAAAAGAGACUUUC